AAGGUGAACGGACUGUAGCUCAGAAACAGCAAAAGAAUAAAAAAUAAUGGCUUCACAUUUCCUCUAUCAAAUCGUCCACCGAAAACGAAAAAAAUAUUCCCAAAUCGUAACCGAAAUUAUUACAAUGGAAUAUUGAUUUCAAUGGAACCCCCAGAUCAAAACGACGGCGACGGUUUCUUCUUCGACGCGCUCGAUGACUUCCCCUUUCACGAUUGCAUAGUCACCGACCAAUCAACUCUUUCCACCUCAACCUCCACUCUCUACGAUCACUCACCGGAUACUUCCUCUCCGGUCUCCGGUCUCCGGCACCGCUCUAUAUCUCUCGUUGGAAUCAAAGACGCCCAUGCAGAUCCCUCUUUGAUCGGUUCAGAUGCCUUAGUAAUUGACGACCCCGGAAAGAGGAGGAGAGAGAGCAGGCUUAAACUUUAUCACGAUUUGAAGGGAAAUAAGAGGAAUUUGGAUGGCGCUGAGUCAACUCGGUCGAUUUCCGAUCGAGUUUGCGCUAGACGAGCUGACUCAUCUGCGGUGGGAGGUGUUGGGGAGGAGGAGGAGAAGGAAGAAUCGACGGUGACGAGGGCGAAUGACGACCGAGUUGGUGACUCGGUAGACUCAGCGGGUGAACUCGACAAGUCACCUCGACGAGCUGAAUCAUCUGCGGUGGGAGGUGUCGGGGAUGAGGAGAAGAAGGAUGAAUCGAUGGUGACUACAGCGAAUGACGACCGGGUUGCUGACUCGGCAGCCUCAGCGGGUGAACUCGAUGAGUCAACAAAUUUACUUAUGUUCGUAGCUGGGUUGGUGAUUAAGGCAGUUGGAUUCCAAUUAAAUUUGUUAGUUUAUUCUAUCACAUUUCCCUUGUGGAUUUUGUAUUGUUUUUAUAUGCUAGUUGUGGAUCCAUUUGGAGCUAUAAGACGGGGUAGAGGAUUUAUUGUCCGGAAGUUGGUUUCUUUAUGGAAUUUGGUUGGUGGGUUUUUUGGUUCUUUUUUAGAUGAUUGGUUAAAGGAACAUAAAACAAUAUGGAGCCUUUUGAUGCAAUUUGGGUGGGGCUUGUUUUGGUCAUGCUAUGUUUGUGUCAUUUUGUGUGGAUUAUUGGUGUUCUCGGUUAUGCUUAGUGGGUUUUUAAUGAGAUAUUUGGUGGAGGAACCGAUAAAAAUAAGGCAGGAUUUGAAUUUUGACUAUACGAAAGACAAUCCAGUUGCAUGUGUGCCCAUACAGUCUUGUGGUGGUGUUGCUUCUUGUGAAGAGAAUAUUGGAGAUAUCAAGAGCUUAAAUACUCGGGUUAUACCGCCUAAUCACAAGUUGCAAGUUUCUGUUUUGUUGACACUGCCAGAGUCAGAGUACAACAGAAAUCUUGGGGUUUUUCAGAUCCGUGCAGACUUCCUCUCUGCUGAUGGGAAAACCCUUGCCAGCAAAAGCCAUCCAUGCAUUUUAAAAUUCAGAAGUGAGCCUAUCCGUGUUUUAUUGACUUUUUUAAAGGCUGCCCCUCUUGUUGCUGGCUACAUAUCUGAGUCCCAGACUUUGGCAUUGAAGAUAAAAGGUUUUACGGAACGUGACGUGCCUACUUCCUGCUUGAAGGUGAUAAUUGGACAUAGAGCUGAAUACAGACCUGGAGCUGGUAUCCCUGAAAUAUAUGAUGCAUCCAUCGUACUUGAAUCAGAACUUCCUCUUUUAAAAAGGAUUAUAUGGUAUUGGAAGAAAACCAUAUUCAUAUGGGCUGCCAUGGUUUUAUUUAUGAUGGAGUUGCCGAUUGUUCUGUUAUGUUGUAGGUCUGUUAUUAUUCCAAGAGCAAUGCUGAGAGAUGGUUCUGCUAUCAACAAUAGUACUCCAAACGACGUCCCUGCACAAAGUUGAUACUUGAUACCAAGUUCCGGUGCACUUGAUCAAGACGAUAAAAGAAAAGUUAACCUAACUGCAGUGUUAAAGUUGCUGUAACAUUUCACAUAUAGUUAAGUAUGCCAUUUUAACAUAGUUCUCCACCAAUUCAUUAAUUUUUUUUUCUUUUAUCAUCAGUAUAAAUUCAAUAUCAAUCAGUUGUAAUUUGUGAAUAUUACAUGGCAGGAAGACUUUUAAAUAUCACUGGCUGGGUGUUGCGUAAUACAAAGCUAAAUCAAUAAUGCUGUAUAGCUA